UCUCAAUCUACCACAUUGGCACAGAUGGAGAAGAUGUGCUGCUAUGUCAUCUGGAGGUUUUAUUGAGGCAACUGCUUGUUAUUACCUCAAAAACUGGGUGUGCAAGAAACCAGCAGAACCAGACCUUGAUGUAUAUACAGGUUUCUGGGAUUCAGUAGUGAUUUCAGAGAAAUCAAGUUUGGCAACCAAUUCUACUUACAAUAAAUCAAAAGAGGAAUGUAUUAAUGAACAGUCUGGUUGCAUUGGCUUUGUACUGUGGCAAUAUGGAUAUUACAAGAUACAUGAGGCAACUUUAGUUGGUGGAGGCUUUGGCCCAAGUGUAACAUUUUUAAAAUCAGCGUGUGAUUAUGGGUACUAUGGGAUGGAAUGUGAAGCACAGUGUCCACGCUGCUAUUGGGACAAGCCCUGCCAUCCUUUGACUGGAAUGUGUGAAGGUUCUGUAGUGUGCACUGCACCUCAAAGCAUAGGCAAAUGCGAUUUGGGCUUGUACAGUUUAAAAUGUCCCUUUGGCGUUGGUUGGUGGUUCUGGAAAGGAAAUUGCUACUUGAUAGAAAAAACUAGAAAAGUAAAAUGGAAGGAAGCUGUGGAGUUGUGCAAACGUUUUAAAGACACAGGUCUACUUCAGCUGGAUAGUCCUAAUGAAAAGUCGUGGCUGAGAGAAAUGAUAACUUCACAAAUGUGGAUAGGAAUGUCAUGGAACAAGAGAGAGUGGCAAUGGGAAAAUGGAUUGAAAGUAAACACUAAGGCAAUGUGGUUAGACAUUGAGGGGGAAGCUCAUGAAAGCUGUGGGACUCUUCACCACACAAAAAGCGCACUGCAGUCAGCAAAGUGCUCCCAAGAAUUCCAUUUCAUAUGUAAAAAACAUGAAAACAUGAACAUAUUUCAGCUCUAUGGGGGUCAUAUAAUAAUACACAGACAGAAUGUAUUGCCAAAAGUGUUCGAUGCUCUCAGAUCUGCUCAAGAAGAUUGCAUUUUUGAGAAAACCACCUGUACUGGUAUAAUGUUUUCCAUGGGUUUGUACUAUAUGGUUAGUGGAAUUGAAGUAUUUAAAAGUACCAGUGCUGCUGACUUACUGUAUGUAAAAACUGGUUGUAAUCCUGGAUUCUAUGGCACAAAUUGUCAAUUCAAAUGUAAACAGUGUCCCAAUGGACUUCCUUGUCAUGGUAUUAAUGGAGAAUGUGUAGGCACCAGUGCCACCAUGUGUAGCUUAGACUCCCAGGAUCCGAAGUGCCAAGAUGGAGGUAAAAAAUCAUGCAUUUUAUAG